UCUCUCUCUAGGGUUUCCAGAAGCGCCGUUUUUGGUUGUUUGUUCGCUUAUCGGGGAGAGUGUUUAUCACUUAUUCUUCAGUUAUCUGAAAGAAAAUAUGGCAAUGGAAGUUACCCAAAUUCUGUUGAAUGCACAAUCAGUUGAUGGAUCUGUUCGGAAGCAUGCCGAAGAAAGUUUAAAGCACUUUCAGGAGCAAAACCUAGCUGGGUUUCUAUUAUCUCUUUCUGGAGAACUUGCUAGUGAUGAGAAGCCUGUUGACAGUCGGAAAUUGGCUGGUUUAAUUCUUAAGAAUGCCUUGGAUGCAAAAGAGCAACAUAGAAAAUUUGAGCUUGUCCAAAGAUGGUUAUCACUAGAUGUGGGUGUUAAGACACAGAUAAAGACAUGCUUGUUACAGACACUCUCUUCUCCUGUCCAUGAGGCACGAUCUACUGCAUCACAAGUGAUAGCUAAAGUUGCUGGUAUAGAGCUGCCACAGAAACAGUGGCCAGAGCUUAUUGGUUCAUUGUUAUCAAAUAUUCACCAGGUCCCAGUUCAUGUCAAACAAGCCACUUUAGAAACUCUUGGAUAUUUGUGCGAAGAAGUUUCUCCGGACGUUGUAGAACAAGAUCAUGUUAAUAAAAUACUUACAGCUGUAGUUCAAGGUAUGAAUGCAUCUGAAGGUAGUAACGAUGUCAGGCUUGCUGCUACACGAGCAUUGUAUAAUGCUCUUAGUUUUGCUCAGGUGAAUUUCUCUAAUGAUAUGGAGCGGGACUACAUUAUGAGAGUUGUUUGUGAGGCAACCUUAUCACCGGAAGUGAAAAUCCGGCAGGCAGCUUUUGAGUGUUUGGUGUCCAUAUCAUCAAGUUACUAUGAGAAAUUAGCUCCAUACAUCCAGGAUAUUUUCAACAUUACUGCCAAGGCAGUGAGGGAAGAUGAGGAACCAGUUGCUCUACAAGCCAUUGAAUUUUGGAGCUCAAUAUGUGAUGAAGAGAUAGAUAUCUUAGAAGACUAUGGGGCUGACUUCACUACUGCUGAUUCUGAUGUUCCUUGCUUUUAUUUCAUCAAGCAGGCUCUUCCUGCUCUUGUUCCCAUGCUGUUAGAGACACUGCUGAAGCAAGAAGAAGAUCAAGAUCAGGAUGAAGGUGCUUGGAAUCUUGCCAUGGCCGGGGGAACGUGCCUUGGUUUGGUUGCACGAACAGUUGGAGAUGAUAUUGUUCCACUUGUGAUGCCCUUCAUUGAAGAGAAUAUAACGAAACCUGAUUGGAGGCAAAGAGAGGGCGCGACUUAUGCCUUUGGUUCCAUCUUGGAGGGUCCAUCACCCAAUAAGUUAACUCCUCUUGUUAACGUUGCUCUAAAUUUCAUGCUCACAGCUUUAACCAAAGACCCAAACAACCAUGUGAAGGACACAACAGCUUGGACCCUUGGAAGAAUAUUCGAGUUUCUUCAUGGUUCAACCAUGGAGACAUCCAUCAUUACCCCAGCUAACUGCCAACAGAUCAUCACAGUUCUUCUCCAGAGCAUGAAAGAUGCUCCAAAUGUUGCUGAGAAAGCAUGUGGUGCUUUUUAUUUUCUUGCCCAAGGUUUCGAGGAUAUUGGUCAGUCAUCUCCCUUGACUCCCUAUUUCCAAGAAAUCGUCCAAUCCCUUCUGACAGUUACUCAUAGAGAAGAUGCUGGAGAGUCUCGAUUGAGGACUGCAGCUUACGAAACAUUAAAUGAAGUUGUCAGGUGUUCCACUGAUGAAACAGCUCCCAUGGUGUUGCAGCUUGUUCCUGUCAUCAUGAUGGAACUCCACAAGACUCUUGAAGAACAAAAGCUUUCUUCUGAUGAGAGACAGAAGCAGAAUGAGUUGCAAGGCCUUCUUUGUGGGUGCUUACAGGUUAUUAUUCAAAAGCUAGGAUCAUCAGAACCAACUAAGUAUGUCUUCAUGCAGUAUGCAGAUCAAAUUAUGAGUCUUUUCCUUAGGGUUUUUGCUUGUCGAAGUGCAACUGUUCAUGAGGAGGCAAUGCUUGCGAUAGGAGCCCUUGCCUAUGCAACAGGGUCAGACUUUGCAAAGUAUAUGCCAGAGUUCUAUAAGUACCUGGAAAUGGGCAUUCAGAACUUUGAAGAGUACCAAGUGUGUGCUGUGACUGUAGGUGUGGUGGGUGACAUAUGCAGGGCUGUGGAGGAGAAGGUGUUACCAUGGUGUGAUGGGAUCAUGACCCAACUUCUUAAAGACCUAGCAAGCAACCAGUUGCAUCGAUCAGUGAAGCCACCAAUCUUUUCAUGUUUUGGUGAUAUUGCACUGGCAAUAGGAGAGAACUUUGAGAAAUACUUGAUGUAUGCUAUGCCUAUGCUCCAGAGUGCAGCGGAGCUAUCCUCCCAUACAUCAGGCGCUGAUGAUGAAAUGAUAGAGUACACCAAUCUCUUGAGAAAUGGCAUAUUGGAGGCCUAUUCAGGGAUUUUUCAGGGUUUUAAGAACUCUCCUAAAACUCAGUUGUUAAUUCCUUAUGCCCCACACAUUAUCCAGUUCCUUGAUCUGAUUUAUAUGGAGAAAGACAUGGAUGACGUGGUGAUGAAAACUGCAAUUGGAGUCCUUGGAGAUCUAGCCGAUACACUCGGAAGUAAUGCUGGGUCUCUAAUUCAGCAAUCUCUUUCGAGCAAAGACUUCUUGAAUGAAUGUUUGUCUUCAGAUGACCAUUUGAUCAAGGAAUCUGCGGAGUGGGCCAAGUUGGCCAUCAGCCGUGCUAUUUCUGUUUGAGGCUUCUUCCAUUUAGUACAUACAUUUUUCCCUUUUAAUUUAGAAGUCCCUGCAUGCAUAUGGGUGAGUCGAGUCGGGUCGGGUCCGUCUGUCUGGUCGUCUUACAAUGUUGGUGACAGCUUAAGUUGUUUUGAAGCUGUUGUGGGGAUUUCAUCCGGGGGGUAAUGGUGGUGGCAUUAUGGUCUUGGGUGGUUGGGGUAGGGGAGGAAAAUCAAAUUAUCUGUCUAAACGACCCCAUUUCAUCCUGGUGGUGGUUCUGGUUGUAUGAGUCGGUCAAUUUUGAGUCUUGCAUUGGUCCAGGUGGGACUGGGUGUUUGUUUUCUAUAUACUCAAGUCAGGGUGCAUACAUUUUAGGAAAACCGUUAUAUUUUGCAUCAUUCAUAUUUUUUUCUUUGUUGAUUCAUUUUGUUUUGUUAUUCUCUCAUUUGGAGGGAGCAAUUUUGAGUCCAUGCAUUGGUCGGUCGGUCGGUCAGUCCUGUGUCUUGUUUAUCAUAGUCGGAUUGCAUCAUCGUCAUCUUGUUUCAUAUUAUAUAUCCAUGCUGCCAAAGAAAGAAGGGGCGGGCCAGAUUACAUCGAAAA